AUGUCGUCUUUAUAUUCAUUAAUGGUGUUAUUUGAACGUGUUGUUGCUGGACGAGGAAGAAGAAUUCACGAAGGGAUCUUUGAAUACUUAUCGAUUCGUUUACGAGUCCGUCAACCGAAACCAAGUACCUCGAACACGUCAGGAUUGGUUACGAAUACCACUACAAAUACAGCUAAUAAUUCCGCUGCAAUUCCGAAUAAUCUAACAACGGGUACAGUCUCAACACUAGUCCCUUGGAUGAACGACGCUACUCUAACGGUAUGUGCGGCCAAUUCAAUGCCAGCCGCAAAUCAUUCGUUGAAACGGUCGUUGGAUACGAUCCGAGAUCAUUCGUUAUCGUCGGUUGCUGACAAACGUGUUAAACUCGAACACGACUCUGCUUAUGAAGAUUAC